AUGUCGGGCUUCCUGGAGGAGCUGCUGGGCGAGAAGCUGGUGACCGGCGGCGGCGAGGAGGUGGACGUGCACUCGCUGAGCUCCCGCGGCAUCUCGCUGCUCGGGCUCUACUUCGGCUGCAGCCUGAGCGCCCCCUGCGCGCAGCUCAGCGCCAGCCUGGCCGCCUUCUACGGCCGCCUGCGGGGGGACACGGCGGCGGCGGCGGCGGCGGGGUCGGGGGCCGGGGCCGGGCCGGGGCCGGGGGCCGGAGCAGCGGCCGAGCCCGACUUGCGGCGCCGCCUGGAGAUCGUCUUCGUGUCCUCGGACCAGGACCCGCGGCAGUGGCAGGACUUCGUGCGGGACAUGCCGUGGCUGGCGCUGCCCUACAAGGAGAAGCACAGGAAGCUUAAACUGUGGAACAAAUAUCGAAUUUCCAACAUUCCAUCCCUCAUAUUCCUCGACGCUUCCACUGGGAAGGUGGUGUGCAGGAAUGGUCUGCUGGUGAUCCGUGAUGACCCAGAAGGUCUGGAGUUCCCCUGGGGACCCAAACCCUUCCGGGAAGUCAUUGCAGGGCCCUUGCUGAGGAGCACAGGACAGUCCCUGGAGAGCUGCAGCCUGGAGGGCUCCCAUGUGGGCGUCUAUUUCUCUGCACACUGGUGUCCCCCUUGCCGAAGCCUCACUCGAGUCCUGGUGGAAUCCUACCGCAAGAUCAAGGAGGCAGGCCAGAAGUUUGAAAUUAUCUUCGUGAGUGCAGACAGGUCUGAGGACUCGUUCAAGCAGUACUUCAGCGAGAUGCCCUGGCUCGCCGUGCCCUACACUGAUGAGGCCCGGCGCUCACGCCUCAACAGGCUGUAUGGGAUCCAAGGCAUCCCCACCCUCAUCGUGCUGGAUCCUCAGGGGGAGGUGAUCACGCGGCAGGGCCGGGUGGAGGUGCUCAAUGAUGAGGACUGCCGAGAGUUCCCCUGGCACCCCAAGCCUGUGCUGGAGCUCUCUGACUCCAACGCUGCGCAGCUCAACGAGGGCCCCUGCCUUGUCCUCUUCGUUGAUUCAGAGGAUGAUGGCGAGUCGGAGGCAGCCAAGCAGCUGAUCCAGCCAAUAGCUGAGAAGAUCAUCGCCAAAUACAAGGCCAAAGAGGAGGAGGCUCCGCUCCUGUUCUUUGUGGCCGGGGAGGAUGACAUGACCGACUCCCUGCGGGACUACACCAACCUGCCUGAGGCCGCGCCACUCCUCACCAUCCUGGACAUGUCUGCCCGGGCCAAGUAUGUGAUGGAUGUGGAGGAGAUCACGCCUGCCGUCGUGGAGGCCUUUGUGAAUGACUUCCUAGCAGAAAAGCUCAAACCUGAGCCCAUCUAGGGCCACUCUGGUCUCCCAAGCACUAUUUAAAACUCGGUCUCCUCCCUCUUCUCCCCUCUGCCCCCUUCCCUCCACCCUGGGCCUUUUCCAGCGUGUGCUGAAUCACACAGCCCAAGUGUCCAACUUC